GGGGAAGAGUUUCUCAAAUAUGCACGGCCGUUAAAAGCAUAGUUAAAAGAUUUAGAGUGGAAAAUAAAAGAUACAUAGUUUAGCGGGGAGGAGUAGACUGUAGGGGGCGUAGUCUGUAGUGUUUUCUAUAGACAUAAUACAGAGUGUUUUCUAGUUGGCUGCACUAGUCUCUUCUGGAGCAGAGUGAGGGCUUUAAGGGGCGUGGUGUGUUUUGUUACAUAAAGGAGCGCUGACCGAGCUGCGUUGAUUUAGUGGAACAAACUGUUCACAUUCCUCGUCUUUCUUCACAAGGUUGUUAAAACAUGUCGACCUCCCUGUUAAGGAUCGGACACCUGCGAUGUGUCAAUAAGUGCUUGCAGACUCAGAGUUGGAAUAUACUGAGCAGAGCACCUACAGCUUUGACUUUUAGCACAAAAUCAUCAGGAUCCAAAAAUUCAUCAAAAAAGACCAGCAAAGACAAAAACAAGCCUAAAACAUACUUCGACAUAGAAAAACUUGUUCAACACAAGCCAUGCAACUUCCCUAAGAAAGAAGUUUCUCCAACUGCCUCUGCAGUAACUGGAGCUGCACAGGAAGCCAUAGCUUCUGUAGCAACAAAGUGCAUGUCCCCUGUUGCUUCAGCUGAAACUAUUGCAACCACUUAUGACAUAACAACUCAACCAGUGACAACAUCCUUUGUUAAAAAAGUACCCUCCAAAAUAACAACUGCUGAAUCUAUUGUUGAAGUUUUUCCUGAAGAUUUUCCAGGAGAAGAUGCCCUAAUUUUAGAGGCCUCCAAAGUGGCUGCUGAGCCUGCAGUUGAUGUACCACAAGUCCCUAUGCAUCCUGCUCCUGCCUCUGUAGAAUUGGCUCCUGAUCCAUUUGUGCUGGUAGAUGGGGCCCUGAACCUAGUUCAUGAAGCUGUGCCAAAUAAGGGAUCCAUGGAGCCUGUGGAAGAAACACCUCCUGCAGAAGGGUCACUAAAGUCUGUGGUGGAAGGGGCUCAUGCGGAGGCAUUACUGGAGCCUUUGACAGAAGCACCCCCCGAGGAGGUGUCACUGGAGUCUGUGGUGAAAGUGGCUCACGUGGAUGUGUCAUGGAAGUCUUCAGCGGAAGCAGCCCAUGGGGAGCUGUCACUAGAGCCUGUGGUGGAAGUGGCUCCUGUGGAGGUCUCACUGGAACAUGUGGUGGAAGCAGCCCCCGAGGAGGAGUCCCUGGAGCCUGUGGUGGAAGCAGCUCCCACAGAGCCAUCUCCAAAACUUGCAAUGGAAGUAACACUGACAACUGUGUCAGGUGGGGUCCCUGAAACUCUAACUGCAGACCUUCAAGCAUCCCUGGAGCCCGUGGCAAAAGCAGUCCCUGAGCCUGUGGCAGAAGCAACUCCUUCAGAACCGGACCCUGCAGAGUCCAUGCCAGGGCCUGAAGCAGAGGUGGUGCUGGAGCCUGUGGCAGAAAUUACUGAUGCUACAGAUGUAGUUCCUGGCUCUGAGGAUCUUGUGAACCCUGCCUGGGUCCUUUCCAAGGCUGCUGAAGAAGAGCUACAGAUGGAUUCCCCUGCUGAAGCAGUUGGACCAUCACAGGCUCAUAUGGACCCAGUGCAGAGGCUAUUCUUGGACUCUAUACGAGAAUAUUCAACAAAUUCCCAAGCAGCUGGUGGUCUGGUUGAUGCUGGCUCACAGUAUCAAAAGGUUUUGGAAGAGGAAAUAGUAAAGCUACAGAGACUAUAUGGUGGUGGAGACCUAACCAGUUUUCCUAAUUUCAAAUUUACAGCCGAUCUGCCCCCAGAUUUUUUGUGCAUCAUCAGGGAGCACUGCCGAACACAGCAAUGCAUAUUGCCUAGCAGACGGGUGCAGGAACUGAGCAAGAGUGUCGACAGUGGUGAGCGGGUGGCGUUUCUGGACCACCCGCAGUCACAAUAAGAACCCCAGUGGGAUGAAGUUUCCCAGAAGUGAACCAUCAGCACUUCUGCUUAACCUUUACAACUUUGUGCACAGGAACAUGAAUUUGUGUGAUUGUCAAGCAAAUGAACCUCUACCUGUUGCUUAUAUGUGAAGAUAAAACAUUGGAUUUGUAGAAACUGUAGAUUUCGUGCCUGCAGAAGAUAAGGUUUUGCAUUUUUUCCAUGACGUUUGACAGAGUGAUCUUAGAGAUGCAAAUUAGGUUGUCUGAAUCUAAAUCUUUAGAUUUAGAGACAACAGAAUAAUGUGACUUCUGUUGUCUCCUUUUUCAUUCCUCUCAAGAAUUUUUCAACUGUAUGUAUCAAAGAGAUGUUCAUUUAAAAAUAGCAUGGAACUCAAAUAAGUUGUCUGAUUUUUUGCUUCUAUGUUUCCCCAUCCUUAAAGACCAAAACAUGAGGAACUUCAUAUAAUACAAAACAGAUGUUAUCUUAUGGACAUUAGUGCUGUUUGGCUGCUAAAAGCAAGCAUAAUUAUUGCAGUACUUAUAGAAUAAUUACAAAAAUUUAACUAGGGCUUCACUCUUUCCAGAGAGAGAGAGACAAUUUGGUUCUAUAUCAGUUACAUAAAUCAUGAGUGUUCAUUUUCCGACACUUUGAGAAUUCUCUUAGUAGUUCAAUUUAAAUGUCCACCAAAGAAGGAAGAGGACAGCCAAUGAUCCUCUAAGCUGCCUUUACAGUCCUCUGGAGCCUCACCCUGUCUGUAACAGAACAGCUGCUAUAUCGUACUGUGAUGCUGUAUGUCAGCACGCUCUAUGGAUGAGUGGUAGAAGGUCAACAGCAGCUUGAAAAAUUUUAUGUUGAGCUUGUUCUAAAUAUUGUGAUUGAUAAAUAAGACCUCAGGUAAGACCUUAAGUUCUCAGGUUACUCCUGAGAACCGUAGAUUGAAAUUGAAUGGUUUGUAGUAAUCUGACAGGUUUAUUACAAUAAAACAAGACAAAAACAUAUACACUGCCUGGCCAAAAAAAAAGUCGCCACCUGGAUUUAACUAAGCAAAUAGGUACAAGCCUCCUAUUGGAUAAGUACUGCAUAGGUGAUUAUCUUUCAGCUGGCAACAAGUUAUUUAACCCCACCAAUUUUCUUCUAGCUUUGAGUGUAAAACAAGAUCCAUUUCGAUAAUAAAACCCAAUUUUCAUUUUCAAUGUCUGUAGUAGAUUUGCUAUGUGAUUUUUAAAAGAGAGUUCAUUAUCUAGAAUAAAACCAAGAUAUUUAUAAUUACUGACAAACUCGAUUUGUGCUCCUACAGCAGUGGUAAGCAAUAGGGAAGUUUCUGGUAGUUUUCUAGCAUGUGAGAAAAUCAUUGCUUUUGUCUUAUCCACAUUCAAAACCAACUUCAGAGUUUGUAAACGUGUUUGAACUACACUAAAAGCAGACUGCAAAUACUGUAUUGCCUGCGAUAGUGAUGUAGAAUAGCAGUAUAUUAUUAAAUCGUCUGCAUAAAAAUGGUAAAAAGCAUUUGACAGAUUGUCACACAAGUUAUUUAUAUAAAUAGAGAAUAAAAGCGGACCCAGAACUGAGCCUUGAGGUACGCCAUUUAAAAUAGUGAGAGUAGAAGAAGUGACACCAGCCAAUUGAACUCUCUGGGUUCUGUUUGACAAAUAAUCAGCUACCCACAUGGUAGCUUGAUGUGAGAGCCCAAUCCUGUGUAGAAUUUCAAUUAAAAGCUUGUGAUUUACUGUGUCAAAUGCCUUUGAUAAAUCAAUAAACAAAGCAACACAA